GAGCUUCCCAGGCAGCAAACUAGCUCACACAGCCCUGCCCAGCCCAGCAUCAUCAGCGGGUGGAGUGCUAGCUCUCCGGGGCAAGUUCCUUGGGAGUGUCCCUUCUUCGUGGACCCUGCAAAGUCUCUGUUCUCCAACAGAUGUUUCUCCCUCAGCUCUGAACUCAGAACACCCACCUGCCGGCUGCAGCGCAGGGUCUGGAGCCUGGAUGCGCUUUGGCUGAACUGAGCCCCUCCAAGCAAAUGCAAGCAUCAGCAUGAGAGGCUGGACUUUAGCCCAGGUCUGUCCUCACCUCGGGGGGCCGCCCGCUUGGCUCUGUUCUUCAGUGAGGAGCCGCUGCUCACUUUCCCCCCUUGCAAGUCUUUGUUCCUAGCCAGACAUUGCUCGGAUUCUCUAAUUAACUCCCUCCACACCAAGGGGUCCGGAGGCUGGGAUGCUCUGAGAGCUUAGAGGAUGCUGACUCUAGAGUGGGAGUCGGAAGGACUGCAAACAGUGGGUAUUGUUGUGAUUAUAUGUGCGUCUCUGAAGCUGCUUCAUUUGCUGGGACUGAUUGAUUUUUCUGAAGACAGCGUGGAAGAUGAGCUGGAGAUGGCCACUGUCAGGCAUCGGCCUGAAGCCCUGGAGCUGCUGGAGGCCCAGAGCAAAUUCACCAAGAAAGAGCUUCAGAUUCUUUACAGAGGAUUUAAGAACGAAUGCCCCAGUGGUGUUGUUAAUGAAGAAACUUUCAAGGAGAUUUACUCACAGUUCUUUCCACAGGGAGACUCCACAACAUACGCACACUUUCUCUUCAAUGCAUUCGACACGGACCACAAUGGAGCUGUGAGCUUUGAGGAUUUCAUCAAAGGUCUUUCCAUUUUGCUUCGAGGGACAGUACAAGAAAAACUCAACUGGGCAUUUAAUUUGUAUGACAUAAACAAAGAUGGCUACAUCACUAAAGAAGAAAUGCUGGACAUAAUGAAAGCAAUCUACGACAUGAUGGGGAAAUGCACAUACCCUGUCCUCAAGGAAGAUGCUCCCCGACAGCAUGUGGAGACGUUCUUCCAGAAGAUGGACAAAAAUAAAGAUGGUGUCGUUACCAUAGAUGAGUUCAUUGAAAGUUGCCAAAAAGAUGAAAACAUAAUGCGCUCCAUGCAGCUCUUUGAAAACGUGAUCUAGAAUGUCAGCACCUCCUCGGCCGACCGAAGAGGCAAAUGUGAACGACUCCACACAAGUUGAAGCCCCCACUUCUAGCAUAGGUUGCUCAGCUUUACACUGAGGCAGAUUAUGCAAACAGCUUUGUUUUAAUAUAAAGCAACCCCCACCACCACCAAAUUUAAGUUUCCCAGUUACAAAUCUGCAUCCACGUCACCGGGGUCAUGAAAUGUGCUCACUUAUUUCAUACUCAAAAGGCACAGAAUCUGGAAGAGCUUUGAUCCUCAGCCACGUAUUAUUGAGGUUUUUAACAGUUCAGUGAUUUUAACACACCAGUGGGUUUUCCUACUUGUUUGUAUGUAUUCAGCCCUGGGUUUUAAAUGGUUUUCUAAAGUAUUUACAUCUGCAUUUAACUUCCAGAAAGUCAGUGAACUUUCAUUAAAUUCGACUCAUGUAAUACUGAAAAAAGAAACAAUGAUUACAAUAAUUAAAAUAGACUAAAAACACAGUCCCAAUUUCUAUGGCUUCUCCACCUGCUGUUAAAGACAUUAAUGUAUUUGGCAUUUUUUUAAAAGGACACUUAAAAAAUUAGUUUAUUAUCAGAUGUUAGCAUAUACCUAAUAAAAUUAUUUUAGUAUUUGUUAAUUUUCCAUACUCAAGCCAAGGCUCUAUAUAAUUCAUGAAACUUUGGACCUGUUCAAUCUUACAUGUAGACUGUUUUGUAUUGUGUUAUGAAGUAGAAAUUCAAAGUGUCAAACAAACCAAGGAUGUUUACAGACUUGCCCAAGGGUCCGGAUGUCUGUCCUGCAAUGCCUAGUGAUGCUUAUUAACAAGUAAACCUUACAGCAGCAGUAAAGGGCAGUUCUUGCCACCCUCCAAGCCCCUUAAUGUUCUCACAGCAUGUUUAUCAUACAUAAGCCAUUCAGGGACAGAGAAUCCUUGACGCCCCAAAGCCUACUAGGAAUAAUGAUCCAGCAAAAUAUUCUUUGAAAACACCCGUGAUUCUAUAGUAUUGGAAAUUAUACAUAAGAUUGUAUAGAAAGUGAAUGCAAACACUGACAAUUCAUCUGAAUUGCAUUAUGAUUUAGCACAUCAUAUAGCUCAAAGGAUGCAUAGUCCUGUCAGUGAUCUUAAGCCAAAACUGUAGAGUUGCCACAACAGUACUAUAGAUAUACACAUCUUCCCUGUUUCGUAGAAAUACAAGAACCAAGAGGAUACAGGAGGAGAAAAUUUACGACUGUCUGCAACAAUAAAUCAGGUAUCUAUUCUGGUGUAGAGAUAGGAUGUUGAAAGCUGCCCUGCUAUCACCAGUGUAGGAAUUAAGAGUAGUACAGUACAUGUACAGAAAUCUGCCAUCGCGUGUUUGUGUAAACUCAAUGUGCACAUUUUGUAUCUCAAAACGGAAAAAUAAAAGCAAAAUAAAAUGUUUAUUACUCU